AUGUCGCUUCGCGGGGCAUCGCCUAGCAACCUGUAUGGCCUGGUGGACAUGGGGAGUAAUGGCAUCCGGUUCUCCAUCACCGACUUAUCUCCUGCGACCGCAAGGUCGCUGCCAACGGUUUACCAGGAUCGCGAGGGCAUUUCGCUCUACGACGCACAGUACUCGACUGGUGUGAAGGGUCCUAUUCCGCAGGAGACCGUCAAUGCUGUCUUGACAUCGCUGUCGAAGUUUCAAAUAACAUGUGCUGACUUCGGCGUCCCUGCGACCAAUAUCCGCGUCUUGGCUACUGAAGCGACGAGGACGGCGGAGAAUUCUGAAGACUAUCGCCGCCAGAUCAAGCAGGUGACCGGUUGGGAUGUGGAUCUCUUGCCCAAGGAGGUCGAGGGUAGGAUUGGAGCGCUGGGAGUGGCAAGUAGUUUUGCCAGUGUAGAUGGCUUAGUUAUGGACCUGGGUGGCGGUAGCACUCAAAUCACCUGGAUGAUUGCUAAGGAUGGCAGAGUCGACACUAGCCAUAAAGGAUCUUUCAGCUUUCCCUACGGAGCAGCGGCGAUGUCUCGUCACUUGGCAGAAAUUGAGGCUCAAGACCACCCUAAGAGCGCCCGAAGCGAUCUGAAAACGACGAUGAAGCAACAAUUCCAACAAGCAUAUCGAGAACUCGAGCUCCCAAAAUCUCUGCAACAAAAGGCCGAACAUGGUGGACUGACACUCUACCUCUCAGGUGGUGGAUUCCGAGGCUGGGGGUAUCUACUCAUGUCACAACACAAGGUUUCUCCCUACCCCAUCCCAAUCAUCAAUGGAUUUCACGUUCAGAAGCGCGAGUUCCAGCAAACCGCCGAGAUCAGCGCAGUUGCAGCAGAAGAAUCCAUCUUCCGGAUAUCCAAGCGCCGGGCAGCACAAGUACCUGCAGUAGCAUUUCUGGUAAAUGUACUUGUCGAAGCCCUACCCAUGAUUCAACAUGUACGCUUUUGUCAAGGCGGAGUGCGAGAAGGCUUCCUGUUCGAUACUUUGGACCCAGCCACCAAGGCUCUUGAUCCUUUGCAAGCCGCUACCGCUAAGUAUGGGACUGAAUCUGCCGAGCACAUCGCAGAGCUGCUCUUCUCCGGCCUGCCAGGCGCAAACAGCCUAGAUCGAUACAUCCCAGAAACCUUCACGCCUCCAUUCGUCCGAUCAGUUGCCGACAUGAUGUACCUCCAUUGUGACUUGCCCAAGGAGUCUCGGUCCCUAGCUGCACUACAAGCACCAUUGACCGGUGUCCUAGCAUCUGCACACGGCAUCUCGCACUCAGACCGCGCCCUCCUCGCUCUCACACUCUGCCGCCGCUGGAACGUCGACCUCGCACCACCGAACCAUACUUUACAAGAGCGCCUGCGAUCAAUACUUUCGCCCCAGGAAGUCUUCUGGGCGAACUACCUGGGUGCGUUGGCGUCCCUAGUCGGCGACGUAUAUCCCGCAGGCCGCAUCGUGGACCCCACUCGCCGCCCGAGACUGCAUUUCCACGCGGUGUGGAGUGCAGGACUGGGCAAGAAGGGUCUCAUGGACGGCGUGCGCCUCACGAUCAAGGGCCGUGAGAACGACGACAUGACUUCUCCCGCGGCCAUCAACGACGCGGUCGAGGAAAUCGAGGCGGUGGGCAAGAAGAAGAACCGUGUCGGUGGGCGAGAGCAUGCUUUUGGCGUGCCCAUUGAGAUCACGAUCGAGAGAGUUCUCCAUUAG